AUGUCUUGGAUUAACUAAAACCAGGUUACCUUCAACAAACCUAACAACUUGCUUGGUUUGUUUAGUCCAUCACAAGAAACCCUGCAUCACGAGCCCAUCGAAUAAUUUACCAAACUUCCCCCUCACCUUUACACCAAACAUAAAGGAAAGAAGCCUUCCCAAAUUCUGUAUGACGAGGUUGUUCAUUUAAAUAACCCAAUAGAUUUACAAGGAAAUUAUUGAAACUCCCAAUAUCAACAGAUUUCUGUAGCCUCCUCCACAAUAAGAAUUGAAAGAUCAGAAUUUUAAAUGUUGGUAAUGUUAAAAGGAAAUAUCAAAUGGCUUCCUUACUAUAGGUGCUAAUUGCGAUUAGUGCUUCUUUCAUGGCCGCUACUUUUGUAACGACUGCAUGUCUGUAGUUCGAAUGCCUAUUCCCUGGAAGGCCUUGGAUAAUUUUGAUCUAAGACACUAUAAGGUUUCUAAACUUGCUUAAUCCGAAAUAGAUAAACUAUAUGCCUUGCCAAUUUUAGAAAUACCUCCAGAGUCUAAAUUAUUGCAGGUUAACAAAACUCUAUUUGAAUUUCUCGUGCUCAAAAGAUAAAUUCAUUUGUUGUAUGACAUGAUUUGCGAUCCUAAAUUAGUACAAACGUUAUUAGAUAAAAGAAUGAACCUUUGCUUAAAAAGAAAUUGUUUCAGUUUAAAGGACUUAUACGAGAUUUACAAUGGAAGUCUGACUAAGGUCAUUUAAGGAUAUUAUAUUAUACUGUUUAAACAUAUUGAUGUUUGUAAGAGUUGCCAAAAGAGGGGACACAUUUGCAGUAUUUGCAAGCAUAUGGUACCAAUCCAUGCAUUCGAUAUCAAGAAUGUCACUUAUUGUGAUACUUGUUUAAAAGUAUAUCAUAGAGAAUGUAUUGAAUCAAAAUCAUGUCCUAAUUGUUUACAAUACAGAUGA